CCUCAUCAACCCAUACCUAAACUUACGGUCACCCGGUUUCUAUAUUGGAAGUCGCAUCUCAAGUUCAGUCUAUCUAUCCCAGAACCCAUUCCCAACCCCAAGACUAUGACAUCAACCUAACGAGGCCGAAAAUGCCUUACUGUCCUCCUUGCGACAGGCACUUCCGCCUGGAGAACUCUCUAGACCAACACAUCCGAGCCAUACACCCUCGAACGUAUUGUUGGCGUUGUGAGAGACACUUCCCUCAUGAACGUGCGAAAGAACAGCACAUCGAGAACUCUUUACGACACCAUGUCUGCACUCGCUGCUAUCAUGAGCCUGACUUCCACUCCGCUCAAGAUCUGGAUGAUCAUCUGAUAGAAGAUCAUUAUGCUUGUAUUCCAUGCCAGGAAUUCUUCGAUGAUGAUGACGAUCUUUUGGAGCAUGAUGUGGACGUUCAUUAUAAAUGCCGAACCUGCGGUCGAUUCUUCAAUUCACGAUCUAACCUGAUCAACCAUCGCAAGAUCCACGCAGCAAGGAAUGUCGAAUGUCUCGGUUGUAGUAGAAUGUUCAUCUCCCAUUCGGCCAUGAUGCUCCAUCUUGAAGCGAACACUUGCGAGUCGGGUUCAGACCAAGAGUCUAUCAGAGAGUUGGUAUGGGAGUACUACGAGAUCAAUGGGCGCUGGAAUCAUGACCAUGACGAUGACUUUGACUGCUAUUACUGCGGAGCGGGUUUUAACCAGUUGAGCGCUCUACUACAGCAUAUUGAGAGUGAGAACUGUCACGCAAGGAUCUCGAACUAUGAUUCCCUUUUCGAUCAUAUAGAGAAAAGUAUUUUCAAUAGCUAAGAUCUCUAGAAUGGCCUAUGUUUCCAUAGUACAGUGGUGGUGCAGUGGAAUUUCACAUCGCGGGGUCUGG